CCUGCCUCCUUAUUUGAUCUCUCCUUAGGAAAAUGGAUUCGAGGGCUCUGCCAGAGAUGCAUUUCUCUAAGAAGAUCUUCGCUGCAGCCCUGUGUGUGUUGGUUUUGCUCUCGGAUCCGGGCUGUGCCAGGACCCUCUGGAAACGUGCUCUGCAUCUGAAAAUGACGGAGAAAUACGAUGAUUAUGAGUACCCUCUUCAUUCUCACAGUUCCCACUACCAGAAGAACGACCGCUGUCCCCCCCCGCCCCAGACCCUGCCUGACCAUGCCUGCGAGGUGCCAAGCUGCCGCUCCGACUCCGAGUGCGAGAGGCACAAACGCUGCUGCUACAACGGCUGCAUCUACGCCUGCCUGGAGUCUGUGCAGCCACCACCAGUGUUAGACUGGUUGGUUCAGCCCAAGCCCCGUUGGCUGGGGGGAAAUGGGUGGCUUUUGGAUGGCCCAGAGGAAGUCUUACAAGCUGAGGCCUGCAGUACCACUGAGGAUGGAGAUGAGCCUCUGCACUGCCCCACGGGCUAUGAAUGCCACAUCAUCAACCCAGGCAACACAGCUGAGGGAAUCCCCAACAGGGGCCAGUGCAUCAAGCUCCGUGGAAAUCCAGAUGGACAAAACCUGAGGCAUAAGUAUUACAAGGAAUAUUUUGGGAGCAACUCCAACAAUGUGGUUGGCUAUGUGAAAAACCAGCAGAAGCAUUUAGGCUAA